AUGGAUCGCAUAAGAAGUAAAUACGAGUAUACGCCCCUCGACCCGACGUCGCAGGACAUUCGCCUGGUUACCAUCUUACCGGGCAAGUUCGACGACCCCUUCCAGAUCAAGAUCACCCACGCCCCGCUCUUCCUCCUCCCCCCGCCCGUCCUAGAGGACAAGCCCGCCCGCUGGCCGCUGGACGCUAUCUGGCGCUCGCUCCCGCAGGCGUGGAACGCCCGCGAGACCUUGGAGGGCCGCGUCGUCUUUCGUAACUACGACGCUAGGUACUCGUCCUGGGACCACCCGGACCCCGGCUUCCCGCGCGAGAGGUACGAGGUGCCCCCCGACGCCGACGGCAGGCCGAGCGUCGACUUCGAGGCCCUGUCGUAUACCUGGGGGUCCCCGAAGAUCAGGGAAAAGGCGAUAGUGGUGAUCGCGGGGGAAGCCGAGGACGCGGGUAAGAGCGGCGGCGGCGGCGGCGGCGGCGGGUUUAGUAGGGCACUGGGACGCGGCACCGGCGGCGGCGCCCAGAAGAUCGGGAUCCAGGGGAACCUCGCGGACGCGAUGCGCCAUCUCCGGUACGAGGACCGGAGCCGCGUCGUGUGGAUCGACGCGCUGUGCAUCAACCAGGACGACCUCGAGGAGCGCGGCGAGCAGGUCAAGCGCAUGGGCCUGAUAUACGCGCUCGCGCGGCGGGUGGUGGCGUGGCUGGGGCCGGGGUCGGCGCGCAGCGAGCUCGCGUUCGCGCGGCUGGCGCAUCUCGGCCGGCAGAUCGAGCACGCGAGGGACGGGACCAUGUUCGCGGCGCCGGGGUGCGCGGAGGGCAUGUGGUACUCGCCGCGGACGGCGCUGCCGUGGGACGCGGACACGUGGGAGGCCGUCUUCGAGACGUGCUCGCGGGGGUGGUUCGGGCGGCUGUGGAUCGUGCAGGAGAUGCACCUGGGGCGGGGCGGGGCGUCGGUGCUGCAGUGCGGGCGCGGGGAGAUCGCGUGGGCGCUGUUCCGGCGCGCGGUCAUCUGCGUGCACGCCAAGCAGGUCGGGGUGCCGGCGAAGCUGUGGCACAAGACGCAGGAGAUCAAGUUCCUGUGCGAGCACCUCGCCGACAUGCCCUUCGCCGACCUGCUCAAGAACCACCACAAGCGCCCGUGCCAGGACGACCGCGACAAGGUCUACGGCCUGCUGAGCCUCGCGCCCCCCGAGAUCUCGCGCCACGUCAGCCCCGACUACGGCGCGUCGCGGCUCGAGGUUUACAGGAGCGUCUUCUUCGCGCUCGUCAAGCACGAGCGACGCCUCUCGCUGCUGCCGUACAGCGGGCAGCAAUACUCAUCAACAUCUUCUUCUUCUUCUUCCUCCUCUUCCUCAUUUUUUACCUCUACUACCAAGGCGGCGACCGAAGAGUGGCCGACCUGGCUCCCGGACUGGACGCGUCUCGUGCGAGUCACGUCGCCGCACCACGUCGGGUUCUGCGCGAGCGGGGCGUCCAGCUGCUCGGGGGCGAAGUACGUGGGCCCAGGGCGACUGCAAGUAGCCGCAUUGUACUUCGCGAGCACCUCGGGCGUGGGCGCCAAGCUCGCGGUGUCGGACUUCGCGGACUUCCGGCGGGCGGGCAAGAAGCUGGGGCUCGACCGGGAGAGGGGGGCCGCGGCGCCGUACCCGUCCCGUGGGACGUACCGCGACGCGUGGCUGGAGACGCUGGCCCUGGGGCGGGUUGAGGACAGGCACUACGGGAUCGGGUGUCCUAGCCUGGAGAGCCUGGCGGCGAUGGUGGCGGCGCCGGAGGGGACGGUGUCCAAGGAGGAGAAGGCGUUGUCAGACGGGUGGAAGAUAUGGACGACGGGAAGGAUUGACGGGUGUUAUCUGUUCAGUACGCAGAACGGGUAUGUGGGCAUGAUAAAUGGGGAGCCGCAGCAAGGCGACGAGAUCUUCGUAGUGCUUGGGUGUAAUAUGCCUAUGCUUCUGAGGCCGACGGCGAGUGGUGAAUACGAGGUUAUUGGCGAUUGCUACGUACAAGGUAUUAUGGACGGCGAAGCCCUAUUCGGCUCGAUCCCCCCUCCCUGGACAGUGCAGAUAGGAGCCGACGCAGACAACCGCGUCCGAGCGUGGUACUACAACGAGGAGACCGCCGCCAUAUACCGAGACCACCAGCGGCUACAAGAGGUUCCGCUACCGCUCGGGUGGGAAGAAGUCAAGGAAUGGGAGAGGACGCGCGCCGACCCCUUGUAUUGCAGGAGAUUCCACAACAAGGAGACGGGCGAGACGAUUAAUUGGGACCCGAGGUUGUCUCCAGAAGAGUUUAGGGGACGCGGGGUCCCGAUUGAGACUAUUACGCUCGUUUGA